GUCGUUUGCUGUUGAAGACUUGCAGAUACGGCGAUCGCGAUACUUGGUUCGAGGCACACACUACGUUAGCACGAUUGCGCCAUGGUUCUGCGUUGGUCAGACUGCUCGACACCGAUCCGCGUUUUCCGGAUGUCAGCCGCGGCGUCGAGUCAGUUGAGGAUGGUAAUCGUCAACCACUUUGGAUCUUCUUCCGAG